AUGUCGGCCUCUACUACCAACAAGACAGUCAAGGUCGCAGUGAUCCAGGCCGAGCCUGUCUGGAAUGACCUCCAAGGCGGUGUUGAAAAGGCCAUUGGUCUCAUCAAGGAGGCAGGGAAGAACGGAGCAAACGUUCUCGGGUUCCCUGAAGUCUUCAUUCCUGGAUACCCAUGGGCUAUCUGGUCACAGUCGGUCGGCGACUGCGCGGCCUUCAUGGACGAGUAUUUCCGCAACUCGCUGGUCAAAGAAUCACCCGAGAUGGACCGCAUUCGAGACGCUGUGCGUGAAGCAGGCAUCUUCAUCGUGCUGGGCUAUAGCGAGCGCCACAACGGGAGUAUCUAUAUCGCUCAGUCCUUCAUCGACCCAACUGGAACCAUUGUUCACCAUCGCCGUAAAAUCAAGCCUACCCAUGUGGAACGCGCAUACUAUGGCGACGGGCAGAGCGAGAGCUUGACGACCACGGCAGAAACCCCCUUUGGCAGGGUUUCCGGCCUCAACUGCUGGGAGCACUCGCAGCUCCUACUUCGCUACUACACCUAUUGGCAGAACACUGAUAUUCACGUCGCCAGCUGGCCGCUGAUCUGGGAUAUGCCGCCGGACGGAAGCCCAUGGCAGUGGCACAUCACGCCCGAUGCGUCGAACCGCUUCUCGCAGGUCAUGGCCAUGGAAGGCGGCUGCUUCGUUAUGACGGCGACCCAAAUCCUGACGGAGAAAAACAAGAAGAAAUGCCUCUUGGACAACUACUCGUACGCCCGCGCCCCCGGCGGCGGAUUCAGCAUGAUCUUUGGCCCAGACGGCAAGGAGCUGGUGAAGCCGCUGGACCCCGGUGAGGAGGGGAUCCUGUACGCUGACGUCGACCUGUCUGCCCGCGCAUUGGCUAAGCACAACCUGGACACCGUCGGCCAUUACUCUCGACCAGACCUCCUCAGCCUCCGAGUCACCAAGCACGGCGAAAAACACCCCGGCACCCAAGUCCACUUCUUGGAGUGA